CUACUUCUACCACUAUCAUCUCUAUGUUUUGCUUGCGCUGCUGCUGGACAAGCUAAUUUACUCAAGGUCCGGCUCAGGCAUCCGCUGCCACGCACGCCCUCACACAGCAUUCUUACAGACUCCGAGGUGCAUUCCGAACCCCAUUCUGCUGCACCUGAGCCGGCUGGACCAUGGACCACUCAACUGCUGCUGAGCAGCGAGCCACUGCCGUCGCCAAGCUCAAGCGCGCCGCCUCAUUACCCCGCAUGCAAAAUGGUCGCAGGCCCCCCAUGCACGUCGAAGCCGUCAGCGAAGGAGAGCGCUCACAAGGAGAGGAGAGGGGAGUGGGAGAGGACCAGGAGGAGGUCGAGAGGGGUCGGAAUGGGAGGGUGUCGCAGGUUAACGGUGCCGGGGAGGAGCCUGGUGGGAGGGAUGUCGAGUCGGGAGCAACGGUUGAAGCUGAAGCUACAGGGAGUGCGUUGGAGACUGAGGAGCCCAGGAACGAGGAGGCAGAUGGCGAGGAAGGGGAGGGCGGACAGAACGACCCUGCCAACACUGGAGAGUCGGUCAAGCCAGCCCGGAAACGACGCUCAAGGUCCCGGACAAGAUCAAGAGGUUCCAAGGACAUGAAGGGCAAGGGCUUCGCUAAGCCAUCCCCGCCCUUCAGCUCCGCCAGCCAUACCAACGAGUCUUCAGCAGAUGAGUACUAUACCUCAGGCCCUGGGGAAGACCCGCCCCCGUCCCCCCCUCUCAUAUCGCCUAUACCCUCUCAUCUUGCUGGCUUCCCUGCCUCUCGCUUUCUACGGUCACCAAUCACCCCCGUCGCUCCUUUGUUUUACCCUGGGACUACGCCGUCGACGCCUCUGCCCUCCCUCGAUGACAUCCAGAAGAGCGUGGGCGCGGGGCUAUUCCGGUCCAACAGCGCAGGAGCUGCGCGCGCCAUGGCUUUGUCCAAACUCACGAGAGGCGCAGAGCCUGUUGACUUCACCUCCAUUUCGGGAGCUUCGCCGACGUCAACGGCUAAACUGGCGAGGAACAACACAGUUGCAGGUGGGGAGCGGAUGGCCGCGCGACGGAUGUUGCUCAAUCGAUUGGGCAAUCGCCUCAACAACCAGACAGACGGGGAGCAAACCAGUGGUGGUGAGGAGGCGCCGCCCCCGCCUCCGACAGCGGCGAAGAAACGGAGACGGCGGUCUCAUAGGCGUAGCUCUUCACGCGCAUCGACCGUGGUCGACGACCGAGAGGAGCGCGAGCCUCCUUCUACGACUCCCAAUACGCCCAUCGUGCCCCCAUCGCCCCUCCUGCCGUUCCUUCGCAAUACCCCAGAACCCCCGCGCUCAGCUUCUCGAGCGAAUGGCGAGGCGGAGCUACCGUCGCCUAGGCCACUUCCCAGCCCAAAUCUACCAUAUAACUACGAAGCGCUGUUGGGCCAUCGUGGGGUCGUCAUCGAGGACGAGGAUGACCUCCCAGAUCGCAUCUCUCCUACUCGGCCACCUAAUCUGCCUACGACUCCUGCACGUAACCACCGCCCGCUUGCUGGCCCUCGUCUCCCUCAUACGUCUGAUGCUCCGUCAAAUGCGUCCACUGACUCUGCGGGAGUGGCAGUGCCGAUGUUCAUGUCACACAACGCGACCUUCCGACAGGACCUCUUCCCCGCGAGUCCAUUCCAGACACCUAUCAGAGAACCCGUCUACCCGGACGAGGAUGAGGUGCCCUAUCAGCAGGAGCAGCGGAGCAGGAGUAGGUUGGCGACUGCGACGAAUGCCUUUGAGCGCGAUAGUGAGAUCAGUUGGGUUGCAGAUCCCCUGAUUGAACGUCCGCUCGUCGACGAUGAGGAUGAGGACGAGGAUGAGGACGAAGACGAAGACGAAGACGAGGAAGAGAACGAGGAGGAAGAGGAAGCUGUCGAGCCCGGCCCAGAAGAGGAAGCGGACGAAUCCUUCGGAGACAACGUCGGACAGAGGUCUUCUCAGGAGUUCUCGCCUGAGCCAGAGCGGCCAUCUGCUCCAAAACCGCUGAUAGUCGAUGUCGAGACGUCUCCCGAAACGACUCCGGCUCACAUUCCUCCCUCACCUGCUUCCCUUACUGCUCUGUCCGCGGCGGCCGAACAGCAGCAUGCCGGUACCCAACCAUCACCCCAGACAUACCCAAUGCGGUUGUCGGUUGCUCGUUCGCCCUCCGCUGCGGCGGAGGAUACGGACUACGAUGAACCUAGAGCGGAGCACGCGCAGAAGCGUCAGGGCGAAGGGACUUGGCAGAAGGUCAAGAAUACGUUCACGCGCACCGGAUCCAAUGGUGGCCGCCGUUCCCGUACAAAUAGCCUCAGCACGCGGGAACGGAGGUACAAUACCGAUUCCAGUGUCAGUCGCGAGAGCGGUGCGAGCCUCAAGCUCGACCGUGAUCCGUCUGUGGGCGGUGUCUUCGCGAUGCAGCAGGCGCAGCCGCCCAUUGAGCUAUCCGCGUCAACGUCUGCCUCUGCGUCUAUUCUCUCCCUCGCUCCGCAGUCCGCGCCCCCUGGAGGCGUGUCGCCCGUCCCGCCGGCGUCUUCUGCCGACUUGCUCAAGUACGCGGACUCGAAGCUAUUCCCAUUCCCGGCGCUCAAGCAGCUAGAGGAACAACGGCGCGCGCGAGGCAUCACGCCGUCAUCCUCUUCUCCUGAUGUGGUUUCGUCGGCGAACGGGUUUCCCUUUCCUCUCGAGCACAUUCCCAGCUCUGCGAGUUCCUCGGGUGCUACUACCAAAGUCGCAGAUGGUGGCCGGGAACGCAAGUUGUCCCAUCAGGCGUCCGACAGCCGUCUGUGGUCCAAAUUCUCACAGCCUACUGGCCCGACACUGUCUACGACAUCGCCAACGGACUACUUCAGCACGCCUCCGCCACCUGUCAUCUCUCCCACGACGAGCAACUCCGGUUCCGGCAAACUACCGAUGAAUAGGGACGGCGUCAGGAAGUGGCUCAGCAAGUUUAAGUCCCAACCGUCCACUCCUCCAGCACCGAGUGGGCCGUUGUCGCCUCAGAUCGACUCCCGCCCGCGCAUUGGUCAGAAACCAUCUCUUUCGGACUUGCUCAUGCAGCGGAAAGAAAGCGAGCUCACCGCGCAAAGCUGGGAUGAUGUGAACAGCGACAAGUCGCGGACGCCGACGAACGUCACGAGUGCUCAGAGACUCGGAACGCCCAAGGAGACGACACACACUUUGGACACCUCUUUAGAUACGCAGCCUCGUACAGACGCGGACAUGAACCUGUUGUCCAGUGGAGCACCAUCGCCGGCAUACCUCCUGUCAGACUACUCUUCCUUAGGGUUCCCAUCCCCACCUGACCCCCCUUCUUCUACCACGCCGGAUCCUCAAUCUUCGCUGGAUGACUUUCCCACGCGGUCCACGUCGGAGUCGUUUUCGUCCACGAUGUCGUCUUCGCACCAUUCGCCUGAUCCUGUACCCAACGAUCCAACUGCUGGCGCGAUCAUCAUGGAGCGGCUCGACGAAGUGCUCGGGCGCGGUUCCAAGAGCUCGCUCUGGCCCUCUGCAAUUGACGAUCCGCCGCGAAAGCUUAUCUUGUCUUCGCCAGUCCUGCAGGUCGCGAACGCGAACACGGUCAAGGAUCGCUUCCUCUUCCUCUUCAAUGAUAUCCUCAUCAUCGCCAAGCCUAUCCUGCAGGACACUGACGCACUCUUGGACGCGACGAAGCCAAGCCCAUUGGACAGGAAGUACAUCGUGAAGAGCGUCGUCCAGCUUCGGGAGCUGAGAUUCAGCGGAGACCGGGACGACCCGCGCGCGAAGACAUCGGCAACUUCCAAUCCCAUGCGGCAUCCUGCAAUCCUGAGCUUCGUCGACCAGUUUGCGAAGGAUCCCGAACAUGCCGUCUCAAUGCUGCUGGGGAAGCCGAGCAUGAGAGAUGACGUCGCGCUUGGCCAGCUCCUCUUCCGUGCGACGGACUUGGACCGGGCGCGCCUUGGGGAAUACCUCUCACGGCGGUCAUCCAAGGUCGCGCUGAAGUCUUUCGCUGACAGCUUCGGGCUUACCGGGCUUCGCAUUGACAAGGCGCUCCGCGUGUUCCUCCAGGCCAUCCACGUCCCGUCGCGGACGACGGCAGGACACUCUAGUCCUCUCGAAUACUUGCUCGAUUCGUUCGCGAGCAGGUGGUAUGAGGCGAACGCUGCGAUAGUCACCUAUGACAAGGACCUCGCCGUCCGGCUUGUACGUGCGAUUGUGCAGCUCAACGAGGUUAUGCACGGCGCCAUCGCGUCAGAGCCUGGUAUCACUGGGUACCCCAAACGGAACGUGAUCACGCGUGACUUCAUUGAGGCUUUCAGGCGGUUCGACCCCCGCGGCCUUGUCUCGGACGACCUACUGGAUAAGAUUUACGCCUCCAUCCGGAAGGAAAAGCUCUACCAAGCUCGUCAUCCGUCCAGCAUAGCAAGCCAGCCUCACAUCGUCAUCAACAUCAAGCGUCCCCUCCCCCCUCGCCUCACCUAUCGCAUCCAGUCCGAACCUGUCAUUUUGCGCAUACCACAGCCCGACCCUCAGCUCAGCAUUCAGCUCUAUGGACAGGACUUGGUCUUUGAGCCGCCUGUACUUUCCUUUGCGAAGUCCUCAGAGGUCUCUUUCCGCGUCACGGGCACUGCGCUGGGAAAAAAGACCAUCAUCAUGUGGCGGUCGGGCCCGAAUGCUCUGGCAUACUCAGGACUACCGCUCAGCAGCCCUGUCGUCAUCGAGCGGUCGUUCAUGCGCAAUACCUUCCAGGUGGCCUUCUUGAACCAUACAGGUCUCAAGCGGAGGUACAUGUUCAGCGUGGAUGACUCCUUAGUCCGGCACCAGUGGACGGUCUCAAUCAAGCGUCAGAUCGAGAUUGCUUCGAACACGCCCCCUUCUCCUUCGACGAGUCGCGCUGCUGAAGCCCUGGCUUUCAAAGUUCUUCAGGACACUUUGAUAACCUUGGAAGAUCCCACUGUGACUUUCUCAGGUCCUUACCCUUCUGCCGUCGACCAAGCCUUGGCGCGUCUGAACACCAACGGCAGCCGGAGUCGGAGCGGGAGCGUUAACAGCGCAUUCGGGCGCCCCGUUGCGCGUCGCCUCGCACCCGCCGCGCACGUCCGCUCCAAGUCUCGCAGCCAACUCUACCGGCAGAACGGGGCAGGCAGGUUGGAAUCAGAGUUGGACGAUGAGGACGAGCCUCGCUUGCUGGACAGCUCCCCGUCGCAGCGGCUAGAAGGGCGCUUGUGGAGCGGACACGACCUGGAGGUGGUUUGCCGACAGAACAGCUCAAUACCUUCCGUGCUGGCGUAUCUGCAGGUUGGGCUGGGUCAGAAUGGGUAUAUACAUGGCAAUGGGACUGCUUCAUGACAAUGGCGUGGUGGCGUUCGACUCUCAGUUUUAUCUCAUCGUUAAUUGCUGCUGUGGAUGCAUGUUACUGCUCUGUGUACUAUUCUCCUGUCUCUUUGGCAGUUCCUCUAUCACCCCUCAUGGAUCCCUCUGCUCGUCGUCACGCCUACCAGCCAUCAUCUUUUAGCUAGAACUAACACUCGCUCGAUUGUCCUGUUAAUGUUAUGUAUGCGCAACGCUCAGUAUGGAGUCCCGUACUAUUGUUUUCAUUAUCGCUAAUACGCUCCUUUCGACAUACAAUGUACUGAAAGUCCA